AUGGCCACCAUGAAAGCAAUCCAACCUCACCUCCCAUCCACCAUCGCCAACACCAAUGGGCUUUGGAAAAUUUAUGCCAAUCAAGAAACUGCAAUCAAUUUUCGCCCACAUAGAAAAACUUCUAGCUGGUCCAAUCGCCUAGCCGAAUCACUCUCUCACCUCCUACAUCUACAUGUCGAGUCACCAGCCCAAAAAACCCUCCACUAUACUAACGAGAAUUUCAAAAUUGAGGACAAGCACAACACUUCAGUUAUGUCUCCUAAGAAAGACAUGUCGGAAAAAUGGCGUGAAAUUCAAGGUGGUUAUGAGUGGGACAAUCUUCUUGAUCCCCUUCACCCUUGGCUUCGACGAGAGAUUGUAAAAUAUGGAGAGUUCGUGCAAGCAACGUAUGAUGCCUUUGAUUUUGAUUCAUUCUCGGAGUAUUGUGGGAGUUGUAGAUAUAAUGAAAAUAAGCUUUUUGAUAAAUUAGGCCUUAAUAAGCAUGGCUAUAAGCGUGGCACAGUGUCACCCUCAGAGUGGUACGAGAAUUUUCAAAGGAAGUUAGACUCUAUUGGGCAUGGGGAAGCAAAAGUGGAACAUGGGGUUCUUAGCAUUUACAAAUCUAAAAGUGAAUCAACUAGGUACAACAAGUCUAGUGCCUCGGAACAAGUUAUGAAGGAAGUGAAGAGGCUAGUGCAAUUCUACAAUGCAAGAGGUGAAGAAGUGAGCCUUACAAUCAUUGGACAUAGCCUAGGAGGUGCAUUGGCUCUCCUCACUGCUUAUGAAGUUGCUUCCUCUCUCUCUGGCCUUCAUGUUAACGUUAUAUCAUUCGCUAAGCAAGAUUUAGUCCCUCGCAUGCCCGGGCUUGUUUUCAAUGAAAGCCUACAGAAGUUUGAUGACAUAACCGGAACACUAGACUGGGUUUACACACAUGUUGGAGAUGAAUUGAAGCUUGUUGUAUGGUUUUCUCCUUAUCUCAAACGCGGAUUUAACGUCUCAGGCUUCCAUAUGCUGGAGACUUACCUUCAUCUAGUAGAUGGGUUCCACAGUAAAGACUUAACAUUUAGGUCUGAUGCUAGAAGGGAUGUUGCUUUGGUGAACAAGACCUGUGACAUGCUUGUGGAUGAACUGAGGAUUCCUCAUUUUUGGUACCAACAGGCCAACAAGGGACUAGAAUGCAAUGAACAUGGCAGGAGGGUUAAACCCAAAAGAGACCCAGAAGACAUACCUACGAAUCGGGCGAAGAGAUAUAGUCGUGGCACAGUGUCACCCUCAGAGUGGUACGAGGAUUUUCAAAGGAAGUUAGACUCUAUUGGGCAUGGGGAAGCAAAAGUGGAACAUGGGUUUCUUAGCAUUUACAAAUCUAAAAGUGAAUCAACUGGGUACAACAAGUCUAGUGCCUCGGAACAAGUUAUGAAGGAAGUGAAGAGGCUAGUGCAAUUCUACAAUGCAAGAGGUGAAGAAGUGAGCCUUACAAUCAUUGGACAUAGCCUAGGAGGUGCAUUGGCUCUCCUCACUGCUUAUGAAGUUGCUUCCUCUCUCUCUGGCCUUCAUGUUAACGUUAUAUCAUUCGCUAAGCAAGAUUUAGUCCCUCGCAUGCCCGGGCUUGUUUUCAAUGAAAGCCUACAGAAGUUUGAUGACAUAACCGGAACACUAGACUGGGUUUACACACAUGUUGGAGUUGAAUUGAAGCUUGUUGUAUGGUUUUCUCCUUAUCUCAAACGCGGAUUUAACGUCUCAGGCUUCCAUAUGCUGGAGACUUACCUUCAUCUAGUAGAUGGGUUCCACAGUAAAGACUUAACAUUUAGGUCUGAUGCUAGAAGGGAUGUUGCUUUGGUGAACAAGACCUGUGACAUGCUUGUGGAUGAACUGAGGAUUCCUCAUUUUUGGUACCAACAGGCCAACAAGGGACUAGAAUGCAAUGAACAUGGCAGGAGGGUUAAACCCAAAAGAGACCCAGAAGACAUACCUGUGCCUAUUAGUGAAACACACACCCACAUAUUUGAGAUGCAGGAGAAUUGUGGACUUAUACCAUUACUCAGUUUAUAG